CAAAGUCAUGGCCGAAGCCUUUCUGACUUGUAAGGAUACAUACAGCCUUGCAAGUAGGUACCUUCUAUGCACUUGCCUCUAAUAAUACAAAGCCAUUCUGCAAGCAAGCCUGCAUCUUCGGUAGUCAUCGUUGCAAGGGCACAGAUUGUCUUACAUGCUCGCUACGAUUCCUGCCUCAAAUUCAGCUUACACGCAAUUUGCGCGGACACUAGUUUCAAUGGCUUGGUACUGCUCUGGAUCGACCAACAGCGAAUUGGUGGAGAAUCUGUACAGAACCGGCCUCAUCAAAAGUGGGAGGGUGAGAGAUGCUAUGAAAGAUGUUGACCGGGCCCACUACGCGCCCUCAAGGCCGUACUCGGAUUCACCGCAACCAAUUGGGCAUGCUGCGACGAUCUCUGCGCCCCAUAUGCAUGGCCAUGCAUGUGAGUAUCUCAUCGACUUCCUCAAGCCUGGCUCGCGUGUCCUGGAUAUCGGAUCCGGCUCAGGCUACUUGACCCAUGUUCUUGCCAAUCUCGUUGCUGAAUCACCCGCCGGCAAUCAACUGGGUGGCCAAGUCAUUGGCAUCGACCACAUACCAGAGCUUGUCAAAUUAGCACAUGCCAACAUGAGCAAGUCAGAACAGGGUCGCAAGUACCUCGAGUCUGGAAAGGUGAAAUUCAUCGCUUCCGAUGGUCGCCUGGGAUGGCCUGAAGGGGCGCCGUAUGAUGCAAUUCAUGUUGGCGCAGCUGCCGAUCGGCUACACCCUGUGUUGAUCGAGCAACUUCGCGCGCCUGGGCGUUUGUUUAUCCCAGUCGACGUGGAGAGUGAUGAUGACGACGGAGCUACCGGGCGCCCGAGGUCAAGCGGUGGACAAUACAUAUGGGUUGUCGAUAAGAAGGUGGACGGCUCUGUCAGUAAAGAGAAGGUCUUCCAAGUCAGCUAUGUUCCUCUGACAGAUCGCCCCAAGGCAUGAUCAUACUUCGUCUACAAAAUCUCCCUGACCGGGCUGAUGCAAAAGCGCAGCCCUCGCGCGAAGUCUACAGUAAUUUGCGACAGAAAUUCAUUGCAGUUGCCUUGGAUGUAUACAAAAAUAUACAAGAAAAGUUAAAUAGG